UACAGCUGUGCAACAGCUGUUACAUUUUUAGGUUAUCAUAUUGUCAAAAUGACAUUAAUUGUUUAUAAAUAAGUUUAGGAAUACCCGAAAAUUAAAAAAGUGGUCUUUUUUAGUUAAUAUAAUAAAAAUGUAGUGACAAACAAUGUUUUGUAUGUAAGGUCGACAGUGAUACAUAUUUGAUGUCCGUAAAAAUUAACAACUGUAUGGAAUAAUUGUAUUAAGCGUGAGUUUUGCGAAUAUGUCUUUCCUAAGAGGUUCAGCUAAUUAUGUUUGGUGUACAACAAGUGUGUUGGGCAAAGGUGCAACAGGGGCUGUUUAUCAGGGUGUCAAUAAAUCGAAUGGAGAGCCUGUAGCAGUAAAAACCUUUAACCAAGUUAGUCAUAUGAGACCACAGAAUGUACAAAUGAGAGAAUUCGAAGUACUUAAGAAAGUUAAACAUGAGAAUAUUGUUAAACUGCUGGCAAUUGAAGAAGAGCAAGAGGGAAGAGGCAAGGUGAUUGUGAUGGAGUUGUGCACAGGUGGUAGUUUGUUCAAUAUCUUAGAUGAUCCAGAGAACACUUUUGGGUUGGAAGAAAAAGAAUUCCUGUUGGUUUUGGAGCAUUUAACUGCAGGUAUGAAGCACUUACGAGAUAACAAUUUAGUACACAGAGAUCUAAAGCCUGGAAAUAUAAUGAAAUUUAUAAAUGAUGAUGGAACUACUGUGUAUAAACUAACAGAUUUUGGUGCUGCUAGAGAACUUGAAGAAGGUCAGCAAUUUUAUUCUCUAUAUGGCACAGAAGAAUAUUUACAUCCUGAUAUGUAUGAACGUGCUGUACUACGUAAACCAGCUGCUAAAACAUUUGCUGCAACUGUUGACCUUUGGUCAAUUGGUGUGACUUUAUAUCACGUUGCCACUGGUAAUGUACCAUUUCGACCUUAUGGUGGUCGACGUAAUAAAGAAAUUAUAUAUCAUAAAAAGUUUUUGAUGAAGGAACCAACUUAUUGUCUAGAAAAGUAG